UGCAAAAGCAGUUUUGUUAAUUAAAUUGUGCAGGUCUGUACCUAACGAACCGUCCAGGAUGCGUUCACCGACCGUUGGGUUUUUGGAAAUUGUGACAAAUUGCCUAAAAAGUGCAUCCGUAACGAAUCACUAAUGAAAGGGCAUGAACGCAUAAGGCGAGGGCAACGUUUGAAUUAGCUACCCCAAUACGCCGGAGUGGUCAGAGAGAGGGGCGGCGACGUGAAGAGGCAGAAAAGAUGAGAGGUGUUGCAGAGGCAUGGACUGUAACUGCGUCAGCGAUCUGCUGCUCCCCCCGGUGCCCGCCCUCUGGACGCCAGGGUUCGCCUUCCCGGACUGGGCCUACAAGCCGGAGUCGAGCCCCGGAUCCAGGCAGAUCCAGCUGUGGCACUUCAUCCUGGAGCUGCUGCAGAAGGAGGAGUACCAGGGGGUGAUCGCCUGGCAGGGCGACUACGGCGAGUUUGUCAUCAAGGACCCGGAUGAGGUGGCCCGACUGUGGGGGAUCAGGAAGUGCAAACCUCACAUGAACUAUGACAAGUUGAGCAGGGCACUGAGGUAUUACUACAACAAGCGUAUUUUGCACAAAACCAAAGGGAAGCGCUUCACCUACAAGUUUAACUUCAGCAAGGUGGUGCUGGUCAACUACCCCAUCCUGGACAUGGCCAACUCGCCCUUCUUCCUAGCCCAGAACCACUUCAACGGGGGCUCCACGGCACCGGACUGCAGCCCAGAGGCUGUACAGUCCCUGUUUCCCCGCUUGCCAGACUCUGGCAGAGCCUCAUCCCUGUGUGAUCGGGGGACAACAGCGCCGGCGCCGGAAGGAGACAAGCUCAGACUGGACACAUUUCCUUUCCUCAGUUCAGCCGCCCCCUGUUACUCCAAGCCCCCAUCUCUGCUGGGCCCCUACCCUCGCAACCCACCCUUUGACUACCCCUGGGGCUUCAACCCCUACCUCCCGGGGGCCUUCUCGCUCAACAACUGCCCCAAACUGCCCCCCGCCUCCCUCUACCCCUCCCAGUUCUACCCCGGCCCCUUGCAGAGCAGCCUGUCCCAGCUGCCUCACCCCUUCGCCAGCUUGCUCCCCCCGGGGGAGGCGGGCGAGAGAGGAGCAGCAGGGCACACCGGCGGGACAAACGGCACGGCAGGGGGCCAGCUGGGCAGACUGGGCCUGCCUUCCUACCCGGGGAGCCUGACGCUGGGGCGUGCAGACAUCAGCAACGGGGCGUCUUUGGGGGAAAGGGCGGAUGUCACACCCCCGGGCUCGGGCUUGAACGUGGGCCUCGUCGCCGGGGUGGGCCGUCAGAGCCCCACGGAGAGGCGGGGGAGCGUGAAGCAGGACCCCGAGUCAGACUCGGACCUGGAGAUCACAGACCUGAGUGACUGCAGCUCGGACAACGAGCAGGAUUUCACCACAGCCAAGGAGGCUCGCCUGGGGGGACGGCCGCAGACGGUGCUGGAUGGGAAGAAGACAGCUAUACUGCCUCCCAUCUCGUCUGUGUCCCCCCACCCCCUGAAGACCCUGAUGCCCAUCACUCCUGCACCCCCUGCUCUCACACCCUCGCUUGCCCCCGCUGUGGCUUCUUUGCAUGAGAGACACAGGGAGACAGAGACCCUAAAGAUGAUCCACAGCUAAUACUUCUUCUUCUAUGGUGUGUGUGCUCUCAUUUUCUUCUCUUUACAAACACCAUAAGCACGUGUGUGCUUUUCAUGCAAACUUUUUUCCACCUCAAACGGUCUCAAUCUACGUGACUUUGUUCGCAGUCACUUAAAGGAAAUGACAAGAGCACAAACAAAACAGAUCCUCCAUUGAUUAACAAGACACGGUGCAAUACUGCCACCUGGUGGCGCAUUCAGCCUACUUCUGCGCUUUGAAAUCCUGUACUACACAUCGUUUCUUCAUUGACUUGAAUUUAAAUCACAUUUUUAACAGUGUAAAGAUGUGAGUUUUAAAUGAAGGAAAGAAAAGAAGAGCAGAAAUGUAAAGAAUUUGUAUGAAUAUUUCCGUGUGUAUAUAUAUUUUAAUAUGGUGUACAUCACAUUUAAUUAUUACUUGUCUAUGAUGAUAAGAGUUAGCCGUAUCGUUGUGACUUUAUUCCGUAUUUAAAAUGUAAAAAAAAAAAAAAGAAAGCUGAUGUGUAUCACAGUUUUAAAUUAUUCACACACAAAGUGUUUUUUUCUACCGUGAGCUUAUUGGGAUUGUUUUAAUUGGGCCCUUUGGUCUUUUUUUUUUUUUUCUCAAAAUGUCCUCUCUACUCUCCAAACACUUUUGGGAGUACAAAAUAUGCUGGUAGACUUAUUUUUAUAAUUAGCAUUCAUCCAGUGUAACAGUACUGUAAUUAGUCAAAUGUGAAAUAUAUUGGUCUUUGCAUUCAUUAUUUAUGUACUUAUUUAUUUAUUUCUCAAUCAAUGCGUGUUGUCCCUUUCAGCGAAAAGACACAUAUUUAUGUAUUCAUUUAUUUAUUUAUUUAUUUAUUUGUUUGUUUAUUUGUUUAUUUUUGUAUUUUAUUCCCCCACUAAACCACCUUGUAGCGCUUCACGGCCAGUCAAAUCUCUGCUGUAAAAGUUCAUAAUGUGAAUCUCAUUUGUCGCUUCGGGACGUCUCCACGUGGACACACGAACAGCUGUAAAUACUGUCUCUUCUCUCCGUGUGUGUGUACACAUCCGACAUGCUUUGUUUUUACUGUAAAGAAGUCACAUGGAAGGUGCAAAAAAAGGUGGGGGGAAAAAAGAAGACAAAGAUUAGUAUCUUGAAAAGCAAUAAACUAUU